GGGAGGAAAGUUGACUUCAGAUACCCCAGCCCCGCCUCUUCCCCCUGCCUGCUCAGCUUCCUCUCUCUACUUCCUGCUACUGCAGGCCUCUCCUCCGAGAACAGAGGCCAGCUCAUGACUCACUGGCUUCCUGCAACAUGAGGAUGGCCCAGACAGAGGACAAGGCACCUGAAGUCCCCACAGAGGGGGUGAGGCUGGUCCCACCACAGGUGAACAAAGCAGACAGGACCCCUCUAGGGGUCCUCAGCACCCUAGAGCCACUUAUUCGCCUGCAGAGGACAUGGGGGGUGUGGCAUGUGCCAGAGCUGGAUACCCAGGAUGCGGAGGCCCUUGUGGGGCUGUGGCCACUAGGGAGUUUCUUGGUCACAGGACGUGACCCCAGCCAGGUACUGGUGUUGAGGACAGGACCUUUACCAGGAGAAGUCAACACAUACCAGAUCCAGAAGAUUCCCAGAGGUGUGUCCCUGGAAUCCUCCAACCUCUGCAUGCCAGACCUGCCCCAUCUCCUUGCCUUUCUAUCAGCCAGCAGGGAUGUUCUGCCCAGAACCCUGCUCUUGCCCCCUCCCACUCUAGGGCCCAGAGAUGAACACACAGAUCCUCUGCAGAUCGGCAGGGUCCAACAGGACACCCCAGGGAAGGUGCUUUCCAUUGUGAACCAGCUCUACCUGGAGACCCACAGAGGCUGGGGGAGGGAGCAGACCCCUCAAGAAACAGAGCCAGAGGCUGCGCAGAGACAUGAUCCAGCCCCCAGGAACCCUGCGCCUCACGGGGUCUCCUGGGUGAAAGGCCCGCUCAGCCCGGAAGUGGCCCAUCCUGGGCCGGCUCUCACCAGCCUCCUGGAAGAGGAGGAGGAAGAUCUUGAAGGAAAGGAGGAAGGAAGGGAGGACGACCCUGAAGAGGAAGGCCCUGAGGACGUGCUCACCAUUCACGUCCAGUCUCUGGUCAGGGCCCGGAGCAGCUACGUGGCCAGGCAGUACCGAAGCCUUCGGGUGCGCAUCGCCUCAGAUUCUGGGGGUCCCCACGGGUCUGGGGACCCGGCCACGGAGCUGCUUCAGGAUGUGCGGCACCUCCUUACUGACCUCCAGGAUCACCUGGCAAAGGACUCCUACAUCAGGGCUGUCUUUGGAAGCAGGGGUCCUGGGGUCCCCAAGAAGGGCGAGGAUCCAGGCCCCGCGCUGGAGACGGCGGUGUGCCAGGCGGUGCUGGCGCCCCUGAAGCCGGCCCUAUGGACACGACUCCGCACACUCCGAGCACCUGAGCUGCGGCGGCUGCGGCGGCGACAAACAGCCCUGCGGGCGGGGGCGGGGCCUCCGGGGGCACAGGGGCCGGUACCGGAGGGGCAGAGCCCCGCCCCCGCCUUGCGGAGCCGCAUCCACGAGCGCCUUACGCACCUCCACGCUGCCUGCGCCCCGCGCCGCAAGGUGGCGCUCCUCUUGGAGGUGUGCAGAGAUGUCUAUGCGGGCCUGGCUCAGGGCGAGAACCAAGAACCCCUGGGGGCCGACGCCUUCCUGCCUGCGCUGACCGAGGAACUCAUCUGGAGCCCGGACAUUGGGGAGACGCAGCUGGACGUGGAGUUUCUUAUGGAGCUCUUAGAUCCAGAUGAGCUGCGGGGAGAGGCUGGAUACUACCUGACCACGUGGUUUGGGGCGCUGCACCACAUUGCCCACUACCAGCCCGAAACUGACCGCGCUCCCCGGGGGCUCAGCUCCGAGGCCCGCGCCUCCCUGCACCAGUGGCACCGCAGGCGGACGCUGCACAGAAAGGAUCAUCCCCGAGCCCAGGCCAACCUGCCCUUUAAGGAGCCAUGGGCAGAAGAGACUGUGCCAGGGACCAGUGACAGCUAGGGGUUUCACACCCCUCCGCACACCCCUCCGUUCAUGCCUGUAAUCCCAACAUUUUGGGAGGCCAAGGUGGGAGGAUUGCUUGAGCCCAGGAGUUUGAGACCAGCCUGGGCAAAACAGUGGGACCCCCAACUCUACCAAAAAUAAUAAACAAAAAUUAGCCGGGCGUGGUGGCAUACUCCUGUGGUACCAGCUACUCAGGAGGCUUUGCAGUUUUAGACAGGGGUAUCAGAGAAAGCCUCACUGAGGUGACAUCUGCAGAGAGGCCUGAAGGAGGGGAGGGGAGGGGAGGAGCAGAGUGGAUAUUAGGAAGAGCAUUCCGGGAAGCAGGAUGAGCCAGUGCAAAGGCCCAGAGGUAGGCUGUUCCCUUUUCCUGGGACCCCUCCCUCCUCCUUGCUGCUCCUAAACCACAUGGGUCAGGAGUCUGGACUGACCCAGGUACGUCUGGCAUCUUGCUUGAGGAAAAGGGGGUUUUGUUUUGUUUUGAAAGAAGGUCUCUGUCUGUUGCCCAGGCUGGAGUGUAGUGGCAUGAUCUCAGCUCACUGCAGCCUUAACCUCCUGGCUCAAGCAAUCUCCCUGCCUCUGCCUACCAGGUAGCUGAGACUACAGGCACCUACCACCAUGCCUGUCUAAUUUUUAAAAUUUUUUAUAAAGAUGAGGUCUCUCUUCGUUGCCCAGGCUGGUCUGAAACUCCUAACCUCAAGCAAUCCUCCCACCUCGGCCUCCCAAAGUGCUGAGAUUAUAGGCGUGAGCCACCGUGCCCAGUUGUGAUCAUUUUUCCCAAAGAAUGUUAUCACUUGCUAACAAACCAUAUAUUUAUUUAUUUCAUUGUUCAUAGUAACUACAAUUUAAAAAACUAAAAAGAAACAAGCGAGGCCGGGUGCGGUCACUCACGCCUGUAAUCCCAGCACUUUGGGAGGCCGAGGUGGGCAGAUCACCUGAGGUCGGGAGUUCAAGACCAGCCUGACAAACACGGAGAAACCCGUCUCUACUAAAAAUACAAACUUAGCCGGGCGUGGUGGCGCAUGCCUAUAAUCCCAGCUACUCCGGAGGCUAAGGCAGGAGAAUCGCUUGAACCUGGGAGGUGGAGAUUGUGGUGAGCCGAGAUCCCGCCAUUGCACUCCAGCCUGGGCAACAAGAGUGAAACACCAUCUCAAAAAAAAAAAAUAAGAAAAAGUAAAAAGAAACAAGUGAAGUUAACGUUAAUAAUAAUAUAUUUGAUUUAACACAAUGUAUCCCAAAUAUUAUCACUUCAACAUGUAUCCAUAUUAAAAAGUUACUGAGAUAUUUAAAA